GUGUGAUUCUGGGGACUGUGGGGACAAGGAGGAAAGGGGAUGGGCGGGGAGAGGAACUAGGCCGGCUGGUUGUUUCUUGCUUCUCCCAUCAAACAGCGAGCCUCAGGGCUCGGCGCGACUUUGCUACCCAGGGCAUUGGCCUCAUCCCCAGCCAGCUAGCCCUCCUGGCCCUUAUCGUCUUGCUCCUUGGAGUCAGCCCGCCAAGGAGUCCCCCGACGGGGCCCAUGUUUCAUUCGGGGUUCGCGCUCCGGAGGCGGGAGGUGAGGCCGAGUUCCGUGCUGAAGUCUGGGCAGGGUGUACUGGGCUGAGUUGAGCGGUGUGAGAACCAGGACGGCCCCGUGGGCUAACCUGAGGUGGUGCCAGCCAUUCUGCCGCUCGUCCCCUUGCACUUCUCCAUUUCCUCUGAGGGCUUGAACGGGGCUGCUGUGGGCGCUAAGUGCGACCUUCGAACCCUGGUCAGAGUAAUGGUGAGGGGCUGCGUGACGUUAUUUCAUUUCAGGGUUUCUGGGCAUUCUCCGCCUCAGAGCCUUUCUUAACCCCGAGAGUGGUUUCCCAGGUCCAGAAAAUGAGGUCGGAGCGGGGGCCACGUUGAGGGAGGCGAAGGGCAUUGUGGGGGCGUUAUGUAAAAACAGGACCCCAACCGACGGAUCUUUCUCAGUCCUCGCGCCUCGCCGGCACGUGGUGCCUUGUCUUUCUGCUGUGGAAACAUUCCAGGGCGGGAAACAACCCUGCGCUUGCGCGCGCCUGCACCCUCAGUACGGAAGUUACAAAGCGACACAGGCUGGAACCUCUUCCUGAAAUCUGCUUCCUGCUUCCGGAGAAGUGUCGAGUUUGUUUUUGUUUGGGAAGAACUUACCCCGAAAUAGGAAGAUUUAAAGAGCCAAUUUGAUUGUUUUUCUUAAUGGUGUCUGAAACUGACUCUGGUCGCUGCAGGAUCACCAGGGGCUUGGCUUCCUAGUCUCAUUUUCCUAGAUUUCUCGAAAGCCAUGUCUGGGUCUUCCCUCAUUAACUUUACCCCAGCCACUGAUCCCAGUGAUCUGUGGAAAGAUGGGCAGCUGCAAUCACAGCCUGAAGAGCCGGAGCCCACCCUGGAUGGGGCUGCAGCCCGGGCUUUCUACGAAGCCUUGAUUGAAGAUGAGAGCAGCACCCCUGAAACCCAGAGAGCUCAGCCUGGGCCUGCCAGUGAGAGAAAGAGAAAGAAAAGAAGAAUGAUGAGGGAGACUGCAGCAGGAGCAUCAGGAGGACAUGGACAAAGGAGAUCCCUUGAGGCAAAGGACAAGAUGACGCAGCAGAUACUGAGGGCAGCCCAGGAGGGGGACCUGGCAAAACUAAAAAGGCUGUUGGAUCCCCAUGAGGCAGGGGGAGCUGGAGGGAAUAUCAACACUCGGGAUGCUUUCUGGUGGACCCCGCUGAUGUGUGCUGCCCGAGCAGGCCAGGGGGAAGCUGUGCGCUAUCUCCUGGGCCGUGGGGCUGCCUGGGUAGGGGUCUGUGAGCUGGGGGGCAGAGAUGCUGCUCAGUUGGCUGAAGAAGCAGGUUUCCUUGAGGUGGCCCGCAUGGUCAGAGAGAGCCCUGGAGAGACAAGGAGUCCAGAGAACCGGUCCCGAUCCCCGUUGCCCCAGUACUGUGAGACUUGUGAUGCCCACUUUCAAGACUCUAACCACUGUACAUCCACUGCUCACCUGCUGUCGCUGUCCCGGGAUCUCCAGCCCCCCAUCCUGCCACUUGGGGUUCCUACCUCCAGCCCAGGCUUCAAGCUGCUGCUGAGGGGGGGCUGGGAGCCUGGAAUGGGGCUAGGACCCCGGGGUGAGGGCCGUGCCAACCCUAUCCCAACUGUCCUCAAGAGGGACCAGGAAGGGUUAGGCUACAGAUCAGCACCUCAGCCCCGAGUUACACAUUUCCCAGCUCGGGAUACACGGGCAGUGGCUGGGAGGGAGAGAGCCCCUAGGGUGACCACACUGAACCGCAAGGAGGAGAGAAGGCAGGAAGAGAAGGACAAGGCCUGGGAGCGGGAUCUGCGGACAUACAUGAACCUCGAGUUCUGACUUGGGCAAGUUCUGACCCGGGUGUGUUGCUGAAGCCUGAACUUGGACCCCAAACCUAGACACUUCCUGAUGUCUUCCCAGGUUCCACACCUUCUGGUUUUGAUCAGUGGACUCUUGCCUUCAGUAGAAAGAAGCCAAAAGUUGAGAAAUAAAUCAAGCUUUUCUCCCUC